GUGUCUACUUCAGCGAGAACUGAGUUCUAAUUAGCCAACCACUUGUUUCUCGCCUCACUUGUCCACGCGGCUGACACCCACAACUUCUCCGAGAGCCUUCAGUGAGGGACCAGCAGGACCCUUCCAACUCCACUCCACUCCACUCGCAGACCGGCUUGCACACUCUUUUUGGAUCGUCUUUCGGCGCCUCCCAACAGGAGACGUCCGUGCGUAACGCUAUUACGCGCGACCUCGGCUGGAGAAAAUACUUACCAGGGUGUCGCUUGGUGGUUUUAUUGCAUUCUUUUAGUAUAUGGCUGCAUUUCUAGACUUUUGGCGAGGUGUUUUUGUCCUUCCCAGUUGCACAGAGGACGCUUAAAAUAUACAGGCAUCACUUCAGUGCUGGUGCGUAACGUGGUUGUUUGUGCUGGUGUCGCGCAACAGGUGCUCCUUCGCUCCAUCUAAGAGUAUCAUAUUGUUGGACAUAGGGGAAUAAUAAGUACAAAUAAUCGGAGCGAGAGAGAGAGAGAGAGAGAGAGAGAGAGAGAGAGAGAGAGAGAGAGAGAGAGAGAGAGAGAGAGAGAGACCCCCUGGAGACAAACUAAGAGAGGAAGAGGAGGAGGCCCCGGGUCUGAGAGAAGAGGAGAGAGUGAGGGAGUGAGGGAGUGUUUUAAAGCCCACUGGAGGCAUGAUGUCCUACAUUAAGCAACCCCAUUACGCCGUGAACGGGUUAACACUGUCCGGCCCGGGCAUGGAUCUGCUCCACACCGCCGCCGUUGGAUACCCCAGCACCCCGCGUAAACAGCGUCGGGAACGCACCACCUUCACCAGAGCACAGCUGGACAUCCUGGAGGCUCUGUUUGCCAAAACCCGCUAUCCAGACAUCUUCAUGAGGGAGGAGGUGGCCCUCAAGAUCAACUUGCCUGAGUCCAGAGUGCAGGUGUGGUUCAAGAAUCGCCGUGCCAAGUGCCGCCAACAGCAGCAGCAAAGCACAGGCCAGUCCAAACCGCGGCCCCCCAAAAAGAAGUCCUCCCCAGCCCGUGAAGCUAGCGCCGAGGCCACCGCCAACCCCGCCAACGGACCCUACAGCCCACCACCUCCUCCGCCAGGCACCGCCAUCACCGCCAGUUCCAGCUCCGCCAGCGCCACAGUGUCCAUCUGGAGCCCAGCUUCCAUCUCUCCCCUGCCAGACCCCCUGUCUGCUUCCACCACUCCCUGCAUGCAGCGUGCCACCACCUACCCCAUGACCUACACCCAAGCCCCGGCCUACAGCCAGAGCUACGCUGGCUCCUCCUCCUACUUCACCGGCCUGGACUGUAGCUCCUACUUGUCACCCAUGCACCCGCAGCUGUCGGGCACAGGGGGUGCCCUCAGCCCCAUCACCGCCUCCUCCAUGGGCGGGCCCCUCAGCCAGUCCCCGGCCUCGCUCUCUUCGCAAGGCUACACGGCUGCCUCACUGGGCUUUGGGGCCGUCGACUGCCUGGACUACAAGGACCAAGCUGCCUGGAAGCUCAAUUUCAAUGCCACUGACUGUCUGGACUACAAAGACCAGAGCUCCUGGAAGUUCCAGGUCUUGUAAUUAUCAUCAAAUGAGGGGUCGAGAAGGAAUGGACAUGGGAACAAGUACCAAUCAGUGUCAGGGGGUGUUGAAUACACCAAAUUCCUGCAGGAGUUUUUCCAAGAAAGCUUAAAUGAAAACGUGGCUAAAUUCUAAAUCAUCACACACAGAAAUCAAUGGUGACAAUGAAGAAUUUCAACGCUCCAUCUGAGUGGUGUAGAAGGUCCAAAUUGUGCCUUUUACAGGGCAAGAAACCAUACCUGGUCACUUAAGAGCGAUAUCACACACCUACAAGACAGUAGAACCAUGCUCGUUCAACGUCAUGAAUCAUUCUUAGGCUUGUUUUAAUCUUACUAGACUACGUCAAAAAAUGUUAACUUUCUGGGGUGAAAAUGAUGAAUUUCAGGUAUUCCACCAGUGCUCUCACAAUAUCACUGAUGACUACGUGACUGGAAGGAACAGGGCACUUUAUUCGUACUAACACAACACUUGUACUUGUACAAAGUGUACAUCGUGUGUAUUCUUAGCAGCCUUGAUAGCAAGAUGGACAAUCAACGACAAAUGAAGUGCUGACAGCAGAAGAGCCGAUCAAUACGCCGUCAAAGCCGAUGACCCCCCCAGUAGCCUUGUUUGACACGGACCCUCUCCAUCCGUGUGUGUGUGUGUGUGUGUGUGUGCGUGUGACACAAGCCAAGAGGGCGGAGUGAGUCCCUGAAGUGACUGCAGUACAAACCCAUUGCCUUUGAGCAUGCUUGUGAUCAUCAAGAGAACGGCUCACGCGUUGUUACUUUAAUAGGAUCAACUCCUAAUUUGGGCGACAAUGGCCGCAUUGUGGCUAUCGGCACUCAAGAACUAAAGACCGCCCCCCCCCCCCCACCACCACCUCCACCCCACCAGCCCCACGCUCCUUUUCACAGGAAGUUAGCAGAUGACAGCUUAUUCAAGCAGUUCUGCCUAUCAUGUUUGUAUCAUUAUUAUUUUUGUGAGACGCUCAAAGACCGCACCAGAGAAAGGGAAAGGAGGUGCCAGUCCCUCCCCCACCCUUAGCACAGAGACUUUGGUGUCUCUCAAAUCCAAUUUGUAACGAUGUGAUGGCUACCAAUAUAUGUAUUUCAUGUAUCUUUGAUUUGUUUGUUUUUUUUAUGUAUUAGAUUUCAUAUUAUUCUGUUUCUUUGAACGUUUGUGGAUUCGUCAAAGUAACAAAAAAAUGUGUUAAUUUGUUUUGAAGUUGAUAUUAUUAUGACCGUCAUCGUUCAUAUUAUUUCUUCAGAUGUCAUUGCGAAAACGCUUUCGUUGUCUUUUUUGUAAAUAUCCAACCCUGGAAACGCAAUCACGUCUGAUGUGCGCACGCCAUGCAACAAUCUUAACAUGAAAUCUUAGACGACUGCCAACUUUUCAUGUUUUUCCUGUUUAUAUUGUUCUUCUUCUUAUUUUCAAACUCAGGGUUUUAUCUGAUGAAAGUAGCAGUAAUAGGAACGCGGCUGCUCAUGCUUCUUAGUGGUUUACUGUACUUUUAUCUGUUGCGGAACUACAUUAUGAAUGAUUCGUCUUUUUUUGUAUUUGAUCUCAUUUGUCUCCUGUGUUUGACCAGUCGCACCGCUACCUUGCUAGAUAGUUUUAAUGUUUCUCAGACAUUAAACAACUUUAUUUAAACAU